AACUCUUCACAAAAACAAAAUGGCUGUUGUUAGUUAGAAUUGACGUUUUGAUGUAUGUUUUUGAAAUUUAAACCCAGUUUCCUCCAAAAAAAAUACACAGCGAUGCUUCCAUAUUUUAAAAUAGCGUAGUUUAAAAAAAGUGUCAACGAUGUUUUAAAUCAAGUGAUUUAUUCUUGAGUGAUGACCAGCCAAAACUCGCCAUUUCCUCAGAGGUAUCAGCACAUUUUUGAGUACCGACAAACAGAUGGUCAAUGUUACCCCAUGACCACUUCACAUCCACCUACAGUUCCUGCCAGAGGAAUCAAAAGAAGUACUCCCAGUGAAGUGACCCGUCUCCAUGAUGAGCCAUCAUGGAUGGCACCUAAAGAUAUGGCACCCCCCAUGGACAAUAGCGUCAAACACGACUGUAAUUUAAGUUUAAGGUCUCCAAAUAACAUGAAUAUAAGCUCAGAAUGUAACAAUUUUAAAAAUGUCCGUCAUGAUGUCAACGUGAACCACGUCCCAAGCCUAACGAGAUCGAACUCUAAGUUUAAUACACCUUGGUUUCAUGGUAAUAUUUCCCGGGAGAACGCCGAAAAUUUAUUAUCUGCCCGAACGGACGGACUCUUCCUUGUUAGAGAAUCAACGAAUUUUCCUGGCGAUUAUACACUGUGUGUUUGCUAUGAUAGUAAGGUCGAACAUUAUAGGGUAAAAUCGCACGGAGGCAAACUGACAAUAGAUGAUGAGGAGUUUUUUGAUAAUCUCGAAGAAAUGAUAGAACAUUAUAAAAACGACGCCGACGGCCUUUGUACCAAAUUAGUGAAGGCCCUGUGCAACGAAAAGGUGAAGGAAAACGACGAUCUUUGUGUUAUCUCAGAACAGGAGCUCGAAAUUUGCGAACCGAUCGGUAAAGGAGAAUUCUGCGAAGUGAUGUUGGGUAAAUGGAAGAAAAAUAAAGUGGCUGUUAAGGUUUUAAAAGAUUCCAGUGAAGCGGAAGCGAUUUUGAUGAAAUCUUUACACCACGAAAAUUUGGUGAAUUUGUUGGGGAUUGUGAGGAAAAAAGAUCAAAUAUAUUUAGUGACGGAAUAUAUGAGUAAAGGGAGUUUAGUAGAUUACUUGAGGUCGAGGGGACGCUUACACGUUACAAAGAAAGAUCAAAUUAAUUUUGCGUAUGACACUAGUUCGGGGAUGGAAUAUUUAGAAAAAAUGCAUGUAGUUCAUAGAGAUUUAGCUGCCAGAAAUGUACUCAUCGCGGAAAAUGGUGUGGCCAAGGUUUCCGAUUUCGGAUUAGCGAGGAAGGAGAUGAAUCCUACGUCUGAAUCAGCAAAAUUGCCUAUUAAAUGGACCGCUCCAGAAGCUUUAAAACGAAACAUGUUUUCCAAUAAAUCAGACAUGUGGAGUUUUGGGAUUCUUUUGUGGGAAAUUUAUUCUUUCGGUAGAGUUCCUUAUCCAAGAAUACCCCUUGCUGACGUUGUCAAACAUGUAGAAAAAGGGUAUAAAAUGGAGGCUCCAGAAGGUUGUCCAUCGGAAGUGUAUGAAAUCAUGAGACAGGCGUGGGAUUUAAAUCCAGAGAAAAGACCGACGUUUCAGGAUGUGAAAGCCAAACUUUUACACCUGAAGCAACAAACCUCCUGAAAAAAUCGUUCUAGUGUGUAAUGUAGGAUUAUGUGUGAGUGGACGUGAGUGCACAUUGUGUGAUCAACAUUGUAAUUACACUUUUAUUGCAAUUAUUAUUCUAAUCAUUAUUUUAGAUUUUUUAUUGUACAAUUAUUAUUUUUUUAUGUGGUGUGCUUCAGGAAACUAGGAACAUGUUUGACAACUUUUGCCGUACUUUUUUGUAAGAUUUAAUAUUUAUUUUUUGAAAUUUGUGUAAAUUUAGACGUACUUAAAGCAAGUGUUCAAUCAUGAAUCAAAAAUUUUAUUUGCUUAUAGAAAUAAUCUCACAUUGGUUAUUUAACUUGUAAUAUUUUGUAAAUUUUUAAAAAUUUAUACUUUUCCGAAAUUGAGAUUCUUUAUUUUAUAUAUUGUUUAGUUAUAAAUAAUGUCAAGACUCUAUAGUUUUAAAAGCUGUAAUUCUAGCUUUCAUUGCCGAUUCAAGUUAAGCUCAUCU